UGAUGACAGACUGUAAACCGCCAUCUCUCUCUCUUUCCUUUUGUGUUUUUCUCUGAAGUCUUGAAUUUUCUAACACAACAAAAUGUUCCGUUAAAAGUAAAUCCAUUUUUUAAGAUAUCGUAAUACAUAUAUUUUUUAAUAUACAUUCUUUGCGUAACAUUUCCAUUACUCCAAUUAUUCUCCCUCCAAGUUUAAAGAAAAACACUGAACCGAAUAAAAGUACUCGCUUUUAAAAUCUCACCGAAUGCUCAUCAUCACUUUCACUCCGCUUCAUAAUCGCAAACCCUAAUUUCCUAAAUUCUCAAUUCUUAUUUUUAUUCAACAAUGGCGCCAAUUGAUCCUCACUCCUUCACUGAUUCCGCUCAUCCACUCACCACCCAUGUUUUCCUUUCUCUUUACUUCGAUUUUUCUUCCUCCACCAUCCACGCCGCCGCUUUACUCUCCCUAGCCGCCCCUCACACCGGAAUUCUCUCCCUCGACACCCGCUUUCUCAGCAUCUACAAGGUCCUUGACCCUCAAACCCUAAGUCCUCUUCCUUUCUCUCUUUCCCCGAUUGACCCAAUCAAAGGUAGUCACCUCACUGUCUCUCUCCAAAACCAUUCUUCAGUUUUAAUCUUCUACUCCACCUCUCCUUCUUCCUCCGCCCUCCAGUGGCUGUCUCCUCCACAAACAUUUGGAAAGAUUCAUCCUUUUGUUUUUACCCAAUGCCAAUCCAUCCACGCUCGCUCCGUUUUCCCCUGCCAGGACACUCCAGCCGCGCGAAUUUGUUACUCCGCUAAGCUCAACAUUCCCCGCCACCUUUCUGCCGUGAUGUCGGCCAGACAUUCUGAUCGCCGAGCACCUGUUAGUGGGGAUGUUAAUGAUUUGGUCACUGGAGAUGUUGGGUUUGACUUCCGGUCGUUGUGGUGUGCCGAAGGGAGGGUAGUGGAGGAGUUUGUCAUGGAGCAGCCGAUACCACCGUAUUUGUUUGCGUUUGCGAUUGGGGACUUGAGUUUCAGGGAGGUAGGUCCCAGAACUAAGGUUUACUCAGAGGCAGUAGCCGAAGUGUUGGAUGCGGCUGCUAGGGAGUUUGCCGGGACCGAGGAUAUGAUAAGACAAGGAGAAAAGUUGUUUGGACCAUAUGAGUGGGAGCGGUUUGAUUUGAUGGUUUUGCCACCUAGUUUUCCUUAUGGGGGAAUGGAGAAUCCCCGGAUGGUGUUCUUGACCCCAACAGUGAUCAAGGGGGACGCUAGUGGGGCGCAGGUUGUGGCACAUGAGUUGGCUCAUAGCUGGACUGGUAACCUGAUUACUAACAAGAAUAAUGACCACUUUUGGUUGAAUGAGGGUUUUACGACAUAUGCAGAGAGGAGAAUAGUUGAGGUUGUUCAAGGAGAAGACAGAGCUGUAAUGAAUAUUGGAAUUGGAUGGAGAGGUUUAAAUGAGGAAAUAGAGAGAUUCAAGGACAACAUGGAGUUCACCAAGCUCAAAACAAAUCAGGAAAAUAUUGAUCCUGAUGAUGUGUAUUCUCAAGUUCCAUAUGAGAAGGGUUUCCAAUUUUUGUGGCGCAUAGAACGCCAGAUUGGAAGACCUGCAUUUGAUGAAUUCCUCAAGAAAUAUAUUGCCACCUUCAAGUUCAAAUCAAUUGAUACAGAGAUGUUUCUUGAUUUCUUGAAAGCAAAUGUCCCUGGAAUAGAGAAAGAUAUUGACCUUAAAUUAUGGACGGAGGGUACUGGCAUUCCUCCAGAUGCAUAUGAACCAGUUUCCAACUUAUACACAAAGAUUGUAUCACUAGCGAAUGAAUUUAAGCUUGGAAGGAUGCCCAGGGAGGAUGAAGUUGCUGAUUGGCAUGGGCAAGAGUGGGAGCUCUACCUAGAAAACUUGCCCAAACCUGUUGAAGCUUCUCAGAUCUUAGCCUUGGAUGCACGUUACAGGCUGUCAGAAUCAAAGGAUUAUGAGGUGAAGGUUGCAUUUCUCCAACUGGCCAUUUCAUCUAGCUGCAGAGAUUACUACAGUGAGGUAGAGAAAACUUUAAAGGCAGUUGGGAGGAUGAAGUACCUUCGUCCGCUCUACAGGGCACUUGUUCAAGGCACUGGAAAAGAAGAAGAGAAGGUUUUUGCUAAAAGGGUUUUUGCAGAAGCUCGUGAAUGUUAUCAUCCUAUAGCUCAAGGGGUUGUUGAGUCCAUCUUUGCCAAGCACAUGUAGGAUGGACCAUAACAAUAUGGUACCUUAAGUUCUUAACCUAAUUUCCUCUCGUAAAAACUUGUUUUGAGUUCUUAGAGAUCUAGGAGAUGAUAUUAACUUGUGAUCUUGUUAAUACAUGCAUAAUGAAGCAUGCCUUGCUCUGCCAGAGCUUAUGUGGCAGUACUAAUCGAUCUGCUUAUCAAUACUGGAAGUGCAAGGCAGUGUAAUUAUUUUGGAAUGUUGAAUGAAUCAUCAAAAUUUUAUUAGGAAAAAAAUGUUUUUUUUUUC